GUUAACUGUCACUGUCACUUUGACACAGGACAUAUAUUUGUCAUUUGUCAGCAUCAUCAAUCCAUAUAUGGCAACGUCGCCGAAUCUCUGUGACUUGACGAUUUGAGGUUAUAUUUAGAAAUAUCUCUCGGUAGAACAACAUUUGAAAAUUUCAUAAUUCCUCUAAUUUAUGUUUAAAAUAUUGUACCAAUAAUUUUUAUAGUAUCUUCAGCGUAUAUUAAAAAUGUCUGGAGGAUCAGUAUGCGUUUUUUUGCCUAAUGGUAGACGUCAGGCUGUGAAAUGUUCUCCAAAUACUACAAUUUUACAGGUCCUGGAGGAAGUCUGUAAAAAGCAGGACCUCAAACCCGAAGACCACGAUCUAAAACACCACAACAAAAUAUUGGAUACUACCCAAACAUUUAGAUUUUCAGGAUUACCCAACAAUGCUCAGUUAGAACUGGUUGAUGCUGUGAAAAAGAGGGUUGAAGGUGAUAUAACUUUAGCCUUAAACUUAGAAAAUGGAAGUAGACUAGUUGGGAAUUUUAAGCCAACUGAUACCCUUCUGGUUGUGGUGAAAAAGCUCUGUCCUAACUAUUUAGGGGAAGAUAAACAUACUGUUGUGAUAUACACUAGAAGAGAGAUUUAUGGUAAAGAGUUGGAGGAUACUACAUUGAGAAGUCUUGGUAUAACAGGUGGUAGGGCAAUGCUGAGGCUGAUCAAUAAGCCACCUGAAGAGCUGAGGACUCAAGCCAAUGUAUCAGCUCCGCUGCCUCAUAAGCCCACAGUAGAGCAACCUUACAAACGUGUUCUGCAGAGAGUUGAAUCCCCACCUAGAAAAGAACUUGAGGUUAAACAGGAACCAAGGGAACCUGAAAGCACUACUGCUGAAGAGAGGAAAAGUUCUGGAGCUUCUCCACCACCAAAGGUACAGAAAAGCGGCAAUAUUGACCUGAUUCAGCUAGCCAAAGAAAAAAGGAAAAGUCAGGAUAGAUCUUCGUCUCCUACUCAAAAAGAAGAGAGAAGGAAAAGUAAGGAUUUUGGCCAAACCAAACAGGACUUGAGAAGUAUGUCUGGUAAAAAGGUACAAAAGGAGACAUGUCAGUGUAAGAGAGAUGAAUCUAUGGAAGUGGACUGUUGUGGAACAUGUCAAAAGAGAUGCACCAAUGUUGUAGAAGAUGCAAAUAACCAGGAUGAAUUUAUAUUCUUGGAUAAUAACAAUGCCAUGUUGUUCUCAUUGGAAUCCGCAAAGGCCAUUCCCAGUGAGCAACUACCAGACGAUUUCUUCGAGCUGACGAUAAACGAUGCGCGGAAAAUCCUUAGAGAUAUGAAAAUGCAACGCCACAAUAUGGAGAACCAACCAUUGACAACUACCGAGCAAAGGAAGUUAGAGGAAUCCAAGAAGCAACUGAGGCAGUUAAACAAGUACAAGAAGGCCAUUAUCAGGGUACAGUUUCCUGAUAGAAACGUACUCCAGGGUACCUUCUCGCCUAUUGAUACAAUCAAGACUGUUUGUGAUUUCGUCAAGGUCUAUUUGGAAGAUAAAUCUUUGAAGUUCUACCUUUAUACUGCACCUCCAAAAGACGUCUUAGAUUUGAAUAAAAGGUUGAUAGAAUACAGUUUUGUGCCAGGUGCCUUGGUUUAUUUUGGAUCUGAUGAUAAAGACAAGAAAGAUAAUUUUUUGAGGUCAGAUCUAAAAGACAAAUUCACCACAAAUUCAAUUGCAAGUUUGGCUGCUAACAAGUUAAGGGCUGAAAAUACAAGGACUUGUAAGGACCAAGAAGAAAAAGAAGAGGACUUUGAUAUGGAUAUUGAUCAGAAUGCUGUGGCUAACAGUAAUAAUGGGGCUAGCACAAGUACUGGAAUAACUCAUGAAAAUUACACUGGUAGAAAAAUUGUGAAAUCUGAAAACGUACCAAAGUGGUUUAAGCCGUGAAAUUAUUUAGGUUAGGGGGUAAGGAGGAGAAUGUAUAAUUUAUUUUGAACUGGAAUUGUAAUUAUUAUAUUCAAUAUUGUCAAGGCUAUAGAGUGGAAGAUAUUUUAUUAACUGUUUUUUAUUCUGCUCAUUAAAUGAAAUGAAAUUUAAA